ACAGACAAAUCGCCCAUGGUUUUCUAGAAUAUGACCUACGAAACUGGCUCAUGGACUGUGCGCUGAGUAGCACCAUUGUAACGGACGAUAUGAUCAAGGACAAGGCUAUGACGAUUGCUCGGGGAUACCACCUUACCGGAGGGAGGAAUAAGUUCGUUUGCAGUCGGACUUGGAUACGGAGCCUAAAGUCUCGCUAUGGCAUCGUGAACGGAUGCUUCAUGGACUACUCGGCUUCCAUAUCCCGCAAAAGGGACCAGGCUCUCGGGUACUGGCUAGUACAACUACCUCGUCGAUCAGUGCCAGAAUUGGCUCUGGCGUUCAAGGCCGCGCGGUCCAUUCAAAGUGCUCCCACACCGCUUCUCCUCUCUGCCGGUGAUACUCUCGAGACCAACUUGUCCGACCAGGAGCGGAAGAUCGAGUCUUCUCCUUCUGGCGACGUUCCCCCAAUUCCUGCGUCCUCCGCUACGCCUACCGUAUCUGCUGCUGAACAGUCGUCCCCUGACAUCAUACUGGAUGUGGAUAGCGCGGACCUCCUACCGGUGUCUUCAGUCUCGCGUAUUGAAGAGUACGACACAGACAUAAUGUGUAUGCCCGACAAUGGUUUGGGGACCUGUCGGACGCUCCCUGAUCAGUCCGUAUCGACCCCCGAUGGACCGCAUAUGUCGAACACGUUCUUCCCGUCCGACCCAGCAUCCGCAUCGACCCAGCUCCCCCUCACGGCGCUUGAUCCAUCCGCUUUCCACUACGAUCCGUCCCUGAACCGCAUAACGUUCCUAAAUCCGGACCGUCUCGAGGAUCUUCCUCUCGACCAUUUUCUUCCUACCGAUGACGUUCCUCUUCUCGAUCAAGGUCUUUCUACCGACCAAUUCCCUCCUCUCGACCAAAUCGUUUCUCCUGCCAGUGGGCCAGGCCUUCCGACCAAUCAGUCGCACGCUCUCGGUAUAUACGGAGACGACCCAUUCCUUGCACUCUUGACAGACACAGAUUCCAUGUCGUCGCUCCUCCCAGAUCCAUCCGCGGACUGCACAUCGCUGUUCUUCCCCGUAUCCCAUGACAGCGUCGCGCCUGGCUUCGAACCAGCGGGUGCUGACAUGACGUCGUUCGUACCCCAACUUAUGUUCGACGGCCUCGACGUGUCCACGUUCCACACCAUGGAUCUCACCGGCAGCGGUCAGGCCGAGUUCAACGCAGCCAUGCUCGAUUCGUGGUCUGCCAUCACCGAGUCGACCAUGUAGGGCAUGCCCCGGCGGCGAUGGCAAAGAGAGCACGAUCUGCGUGCUAUAUACUCUUUUGGUCUACCUCUAUCCUCGCCGCAUUCACAUAGACGUUCCUGCAUCGUUCCUGUACCGUGUUGCAGAUCGGUUGUGGUCGACUUCCUGGACCAUUCAUCCCCUUCCUCCUGGAUCCCGUGUCAUACAUUUC